UUACCUAUUCAAAUGAUAGAGAGGCAGAUAACGAAAUUUCGAUUUUUGUGAAUCCUCAGACACCAAGGAGUUAUAUGGUUUGAAAUGCCUGCGAGAAGUUCUUACCAUGAUUGUGUCAAUACAAAUGCAAACAAAUCCGUGUUUUCAUUCCCUAUCAAUGAUUAUUCUCGUUUAGAGCUCUGGAUACAAUAUGCAGGUAAUAAAAACCUGACAUCGUUGUCGCACCAAAAGUUGAAGCACCAUUUCAUUUGUGAGGAUCAUUUCAAGCCUGAAGAUGUAUGUAAGAGCUGGAUGAGAUCCAGAUUGGUACAUACAGCUGUUCCUCUACCAUUUAAACCUGUCACACCACCACACUCCUACGGGCUAACAACUGUUGCGACUGUGUGUGUUUUACGAACGAAAUCGGUUGUCCAGCAAAAAACUACGACUUGGCCGAAUCGGAUUGAAGAUUGGUUUUUAAACCAAAGUUUGAUUUUGUGAACUAAAUGACUAAAGUGCCUUAGAGUAAGAGGAAGUGUACAUACACAUAUAUACAUUAACUGCCCGAAUUCAAGCAUAACUCACUCGCUAUUCAGAUUUCCAGUAGAUGACAAACACCGCUUACGAAUAUGGAUUCACAAUCGUGUAGAAGAAGCACGUCGCCGUAUUCUUUUGAGAAACGCUCACCGACACCGCCUUUACCAAGUCCGGGACUAGACUUAAACGCGGCCUUAUUAGCGAAAGAAGAGCAGCAAGCGGCUCUACAGCAGCAAGUGGCUCUUCAGCAGCACGCGGCUCUUCAGCAGCAAGCGGCUCUUCAGCCGCAAGCGGCUCUUCAGCACCUAGCACAAUAUUACACAAUAGAAGAAAUCAACACUAAAGAGAUAGCUCAACGAAUAAGUCACGAACUGAAACGCUACUCAAUCCCUCAAUCGAUCUUCGCUCAGAGAGUCCUAUGCAGGUCACCGGGGACUUUGAGAGAUCUUUUAAGCAAACCGAAGCCUUGGUGGAAGUUGCGAUCGGGACGGGAGACGUUCAAGAGGAUGUGGGCAUGGCUGCAGAUGCCGGAGUUCCAGAGAAUAUCGGCGCUUAAGCUUGCCGGUAUCUCCAAACGAAAAAAAUUGGCCCCCGAAUUAAAAGUACACCUUAAUGUUUGUGAAGAUAAUUUUGAUCAAUGCUAUAAAGAUACAAAAGACCUACAAGCUAGGUUCGUCAAGACGGCAAUUCCUAGACACUAUAAGGGCAAAGAAUCAAAUGAUAUCGAAAGUGAAGAUGAAUCAAAUGAGAUUGAAUGUAAAAAAGAAUCAAAAGAUAUCGAAAGUGAAGAUGAAUCAAAUGAGAUUGUAUGUAAAAAAGAAUCGUAUGAUAUCGAAAGUGAAGAUGAAUCAAAUGAGAUUCAACAUGACAAGGAAUCAAAUGAUAUCCAAACGGAAGAUGAAUCAAAUGAGAUUGAAUGUGAAAAAGAAUCAAAUGAUAUCGACGGCGUAAAUGAUGAAAAUAAAUCUGAUUCUGUAGAUCCAACGCAAGCUAUCGAAGAUGACAAUGUGGUUGAAAUUCUGUGUAUGGAAUGCGACAAACCAAUCAAAGAGUCUGAGUUCCAAUGGUGGUGUCUGCAAUGCGGCGGACUGCGUUGCGGCCACUGUGCCCUGCGAAUGGUUCACCGACCCCACUUCCUGCUCCGAUCCCCAGCCAAUACUACACCAGAACAAAUUAAAAUCUUGGUCACAGCCAUACAAAAGGACCUGCAACUUGAGGAGUUCUUUAAUACACGCGACGCAGACAAACAUGUGGAUAACGUUGAGUCAGCAGAGUCAGUUUUUCUUCCUCGCGUUAUCCCUCCUUUUUGCCACGCUUCAUGGGAGCCUGGGAACCGCUCGGCAAUGAAUCCCAAGUCAGCAGAUGUGGAUUUGGAUGUGAUAGAGGAAAGCCUACAAGAACCAAUAGUAAAAGCGGAACCCCCCGAAGAUGAGGAAGACCCCCUGGCCGAAUGCUCCAACUCUUCCAUUCUAAAACCCGACGGAACACCAACCAACAACUAUUAUUCUAAAGACCGCCAACCCAACUCACAAAACUGUAGACCAAAUCAUAAGCAUGGCCUCCAUGACUCAUUCAAUACUCACGAUGAAAACUCAGACCUUCCACUACGAGGAGACAUGGUUUUUGGCCUUAGAGAUACAGAUUAUCAACCUAGCGAGAAAUCCUUAGGCUUGGUCAACCCUUUCGAAUUUCAGCGAAAUCUGCAGUAUUUAGGUCUUGACAAACCAUUAGAGAAUCAAGCAAGCCAGUCUUUAGGCCUCGCAGACUCAAUCGAUUAUAUACCAAGCAAGAAAUCUGUAUGUCUCAAUGUAUCACCUGAUUAUCAAGUAAGCCAGGCAGCUGGAAGCUCUUUAGACUCUCAAGAUUGGAUCGAUUAUCAACCAAGCAAGAAAUCUGUAUGCCACGAGUCAAUCGAUCGAGCAAGCCAGACGUCUAAAAGCCUCGGCAACUCAGAGCACCGACCAAAGUGUUUGGACUUCGAUAAUCUAUAUUGUAACUUCGGCCUCUUUAAAUACAAUCAACCGGAUAUCGCCGAUAUUCGACACUCGGCCAGUCUCCAGGCAGCCCCAAAGGGUCCUGAUAGAGCUCCAAGUCCGGAGCCAACUAGUAUAGAAUUAUCUGGACCAUGUACGUUGGCUACAGAUAAAGUUCCAAAUAUAGAUCCAACUAGCAUGGAAUCAUCUGGAUCUUGUUCAUUUGCUACAGAUGUAUUUCCAGAUACAGAUCCAACAGGCGUGGAAUUAUCUGGAUAUGAAUUUGACGGAUCAUCGGUACAGUUGGAAACCCUAGAUCAGAGAGACGAUGACUUUCGCCCACCGUGCAAAAAGCGAGUCCGUAUUCAACCUAAUACAGAAAAUGUUGAAAAUUACUUAGUGAAUACUAUAACAGCCCAAGCAACAGAGAUCAAAAAUACAUACCAGCAACCCGCACAAGUGACAUUGUCAGAAGAUGAAAUAGAAUAUAGGAAAAAUAAAGAACCCACCCCGCAACCGUUGCGUCGAGUAUACUUUAACUAUAAAAAGACGGAUUAUAUUAAAACACAGCAACCAGAAGUUCAAACACACUCCACCCACAAAAAGCAAAGUUGUACGGUCGCUAUAUCAGAUAAUAAAAGUGAUCAUAACAAACAAGAUUCAGUUAACACUUUAGGAAAGCUUAAAAAUACUAGUAAUAUAAAGCAGAAAUCGCAAAUUCACGCUACCUACACAAAACAAGGUUUUAAGAAAACUGCAGUACAGAAAGGACAUAACGAACAAAAAACUGUAGAUAAUCCUAACAAUGAUCCUCUUAAAACACAGCUACCAGAAAUACCACCAGAUUCUACACACAAAGACCAAAAUUCUACAGACACUUCCGAAGAACAGAAUAAUAAAAGUGAAACACAGCAACCACCUAUUAAAGUAUACUCUAAAAAACGAAGCUGUACGAACAUUAUUGUACAAAAAGAAAACAAACUAAAGUCAAUAAAUACAAUAGGAGAUCCUGAGAAAGACCCAAAUAAAACGCAGGAACCGGAAAUUAAAAUAUACACCACUCACAAAAAACAAAAUUGUAAGAACAUUACAGAGCCUGAAGAUGAUAAUAGUACAACACAGGAACCGAAAAUGCUAGUAUAUUCCACUCACAAAAAGCGAAAUUGUACAGACAGUACUGAACACAGAAAUAAUCCCAAAACACAUAUAUCAAUAGAAAUGAACUUAACCCACAAAGACAUGAAACCUACGGAAACUACAGAACAAAAUAGAGAUUCAAAUAAAAUACAGGAAACAAACAUUCAAGUAUAUUCCACUCACAAAGCCAGAAACAGUCAACACAGCUAAACAAGAAAAUACUCGUGAUUUUGAUAGAAUACAGCGGCAGGUUCAAGACAAAAAUCUAAAUUGUACAGUCGCUGUAAGUAGGUACCAGAAAAAAAAACAUUUUAAUAAAAGAAAAUCACAAAACUGUAGAAAGGUGAAAGGCCAGACGUGCUAGCGAAGGUAAAAUAUCAAAACCGAGCGCAUCAAAGACAGCACUAAACUUAAAUGGGACCAAAGAAGAUAUUUACGGAUGUCAAGAAAUGUGGAUGGAAUGUCUGCAUAAAAAACUUUAUUUUAUUGUAACGGAAUUGCAUUUAUGCUAUGUAAG